AGCCCUGAAGGAAUUGAGGCUUUUUGUUCAGAUUUGGAAGUGGAUCAUACUAAUGUACAAAUACUGAUGCUUGCUUGGAAAAUGCAAGCUGAAAAGCAAGGAUACUUUACCAUUGAGGAGUGGCGAAGAGGCCUUAAAGCACUUCGGGCUGAUACAAUAAUCAAAUUAAAGAAGGCACUUCCAGAGCUUGAGAAGGAGGUUAGGAGGCCAUCAAAUUUUCUGGAUUUCUAUUCCUAUGCCUUUCGAUAUUGUCUAACAGAGGAGAAGCAGAAGAGCAUCGACAUAGAGAGCAUCUGCCAGUUGCUGGACCUUGUUUUAGGGUCCCAAUUUCAUUCCCAGGUUGACUUAUUUGUACAGUACAUAAGGACACAGGUUGAUUACAAAGUCAUAAACAUGGAUCAGUGGAUGGGAUUCUAUCGGUUUUGCAAUGAGAUAAGCUUCCCGGAUUUUAGCAAUUAUGAUCCUGAACUUGCUUGGCCCUUGAUCCUGGACAAUUUUGUUGAAUGGAUGAGAGCAAAGAGGAGUUAAACGUAGUAACGUUUGCUACACUUGGAUUCCUGCCUUAUAAGUUAAUCUAUAUGCAAGACUCUGUUGAAACAACACAUCAAAACUCUCUGGCAUCAUCUGGCUUUGCUUUUUUUGUUAUUUAUUUUUUCUUGUUCAUUUUGGUACUGAAAAUGCUGUUCUUAUUUUUACUUCUGUAGAAGAAGGGGAAAUUACAAAGUUCAAAGGGUGGUUGUUCUUUCCAAUACUUUAAUCUGUUGCUGGAGCCCCAUCACUCCUUCUACUUCUAUGUGACAGUGACACUUAUUUCAAUUCAUUUACUUGCCAUUGAUAAUGCUUCUCUCAUUACUAUUUUCGUUUGGCCCCCAUUGUUACCCCAAGGAAUAUUUACGAAAUAU